UUUCCUUGGCCACCCGGAGUGGAGCGGAGGGGUUGGGCGAUAAACAGGCUGUGGCUAGAUUGGAGGGGGAGGGGGUGGUUGCUCCUCCGGUACUUCUUAUGCCUCGUUUUUCCUUUAGGUGUGGUUUCGUCCGGAUGCAGGGUCCUAGAAGCCGGCUUGAGCUUACUCCUUUGUGAAAGGGGAAAGAAGCUACUGCAGAGAGCGGUUAAAGUUUCGGAGGGGGGGCGAGACGGGCGUUUUCCCCCAUGCCAGCCGAAUGGUGCGGCCCUGAGCUGGUCUAUAGGAGCCGGCUCGACGUGUCUGAGGGAGGCCCCUGAGGGGGCGGGGAGGUGGUCCGCAGAACGCCGGUUCUGUGAAAAGACGUGGGGAAGGUUCGAUUCCGAGAAGAGGAAGAGCCGGAUUGAAAGGGAGCCAGGCCGCUGAGGGGGAGGGGGCUGCCAAGAUGGCGUCGGCCUCCCCUGCGCCGUCGGCGGUCGGGUCUUCAUCUGAGCCCGGGGUCCCUUCCUGUGCCUCGACUUCAGCAGCAUCUGGAAUUAAGAGACCCAUGGCAUCUGAGGUGCCUUAUACCUCUGGCAUGCCCAUCAAGAAAAUAGGCCACCGGAGUGUUGAUUCCUCAGGAGAGACAACAUAUAAAAAGACAACCUCAUCAGCCUUGAAAGGUGCCAUCCAGUUGGGCAUUACUCACACUGUGGGGAGCCUGAGUACCAAACCUGAGCGGGAUGUUCUCAUGCAAGAUUUCUACGUAGUGGAGAGUAUCUUUUUCCCCAGUGAAGGAAGCAACCUAACACCUGCUCAUCACUACAAUGACUUUCGUUUCAAGACGUAUGCGCCUGUUGCCUUCCGCUAUUUUCGGGAGCUAUUUGGCAUCCGGCCUGAUGAUUAUUUGUGCUCCCUCUGCAGUGAACCACUGAUUGAACUCUGCAGCUCUGGAGCUAGUGGUUCCCUCUUCUAUGUGUCCAGCGAUGAUGAAUUCAUCAUUAAGACGGUCCAGCAUAAAGAGGCAGAGUUUCUACAGAAGCUGCUUCCAGGAUACUACAUGAACCUCAACCAGAACCCUCGGACUUUGUUGCCUAAAUUCUAUGGACUGUACUGUGUGCAGGCAGGUGGCAAGAACAUUCGAAUUGUGGUGAUGAACAAUCUCUUACCCCGGUCAGUCAAAAUGCAUAUCAAAUAUGACCUCAAGGGCUCAACCUACAAACGACGGGCUUCCCAAAAAGAGCGAGAGAAGCCUCUCCCCACCUUUAAAGACCUGGACUUCUUACAAGACAUCCCUGAUGGUCUUUUUUUGGAUGCUGACAUGUAUAAUGCUCUUUGUAAGACCCUACAGCGUGACUGUUUGGUACUGCAGAGCUUCAAGAUAAUGGACUAUAGCCUCUUGAUGUCAAUCCACAACAUAGAUCAUGCACAACGAGAGGUCCUAAGCAGUGAAACCCAGUACUUGGUUGACACUCGCAGACCAGCCCCCCAAAAGGCUCUCUAUUCUACAGCCAUGGAAUCCAUCCAGGGCGAGGCUCGACGGGGUGGCACCAUGGAGACCGAUGACCAUAUGGGUGGCAUCCCUGCCCGGAAUAGUAAAGGAGAAAGGCUCCUGCUUUAUAUUGGCAUCAUUGACAUUCUGCAGUCUUACAGGUUUGUUAAGAAGUUGGAGCACUCUUGGAAAGCACUGGUACAUGAUGGGGACACCGUAUCGGUACAUCGCCCAGGCUUCUACGCUGAACGGUUCCAGCGCUUCAUGUGCAACACAGUGUUCAAGAAGAUUCCCUUGAAGCCCUCUCCUUCCAAAAAGUUUCGGUCUGGCUCAUCUUUCUCUCGGCGAGCAGGCCCCAGCGGCAACUCCUGCAUUACUUACCAGCCAUCGGUCUCUGGGGAACACAAGGCACAAGUGACAACAAAGGCGGAAGUGGAGCCAGGCGUUCACAUUGGUCGUCCUGAUGUUUUACCUCAGACUCCACCUUUGGAGGAAAUAAGUGAGGGCUCGCCUAUUCCUGACCCCGGUUUCUCACCUGUAGUUGGAGAAACUUUGCAAAUGCUAACUACAAGUACAACCUUGGAAAAGCUUGAAGUUGCAGAAUCAGAGUUCACCCAUUGAGCAGAAAACCUCAGAAGACCUGGAAUAAGACUCUACCAUCUCUGUGAUCCAAGAUGUUCAUCCUUGCUUCUGCAAUGCUGAAUUUUCUUCUUGGUCAUCAAAAAAGGAGAUAAUGGAAGUGCUUGGAGCUCUCCAUCACCUUCCUGAAGAAGAACCUCUUCUCCUUCCCCUUCCUCAUGAAUGGGCAUCAGUGCCUUGGACAGUUGAAGACAGCAGCAUCCCUUCCACUAUAGAGUUGGGUGGCACGAAUUUUCAACUGGCUAACCUUGGCUUCCACAACUGAAUUUUUUUUCAAACCCCCGUUCUUUAUGCUGGAAGUGGAGUUGCAAGACUUGACAGUUUUCUUCCCCCUCGUCUACCUUUCACCAGGAGCUGGACUCUUAGUUUCCUCAGGAUGCACUAGCUGGCACAUUAUCCCCACUUAGUCUUUGUCUCUGGUACCUGGAAGAAGACCCCUUUAAACUUUGUAAAGGUUUUUGGCGUGGAGUAUGGGUGUUUAACCACCUCCCAACCUUCUUUUUUUUUUUUUUUUUUUCCUUAAAAAAGGAAAAGAACAGACAGUAUACAAUUGCAAGCUAGUUUCAGAUCACAACUUUUGAAGUGUUGAAGAGAUGCCUAUGACCUAUUCAUAGGGUUCCCUCAGAAGGGACCUGGUGUUUAUGAAGCAGAAGUGUGGUGGUUGCCAGGAGCAGCUUCUCUUUAACAAAUCCUCUCUUGAUGAAUUUCUUACAGGCUGAAGGAAUGGAGAGAGGAGACGUGGGGUAAUCUUUACCCCUUUUGUUAAAACGGUAGAGCAGUCAUGGGGCUGAGAGAUCAGAGCCCUUCUUAGGCAGGACCCUACUCACUGCCAGGCCAUAAUGAUUAUUACUAUUUUGCAAUUUGAAAUAUAUUCUGGUGGUUUUUCUAAAUUUGAAGACUUAAUCAAAUGAAUUUUAGAUCAUUCUCCAAAGGAGAUUUUUUUUGCUCUUCCCAUCUUUUCCAGCAGUGUUCUGCUGUUCAUGGAGCUAAGGUAGAAAGGGGGACACCUGUGUCUGUUUAACAGACAGUCCAUAUCUAUGAGGCUAGACAAUAUUUUCUUAAAUUCAUGGAGAGCCAGCAGAUUUUUGCCUUGGUGAGGUCAUUGCUGUGUCACAUGUCCUGCCCCCUGUCUUCAAGCAGGGAAGUUGGAAAUGGGGGCUACAUAAGCUUUCUCCUCUCCAUCUCCAAGAGUUACGGUCCUCCAUCUGAUCCUUCCACUCUUGACAGGGGAAGAGGGGGCCUGGUGUCUCAGGCAGAUUGUUGAAUUCCCGUACUAUCCCUUCCCCAUCCCACCCUACCUUGAUAGUAGGUUAGCCCAUACCCCAAAUAACUGUCUAUAUUAGACACCCCCAGCCAGUUUCUGGCUGCCUGUCUUUGCUGCCAUGUUCUUUUUUACAAGAAAGAAAGAAUUCUUGCUAUUUUUUUUUUCAUAAUUUACUAUUUAUGAUGUAUUUAAGUGUUUUAUUCAGGACAGAGUUCUGUAAGGGGUGGGAGGGAAUAUUUGAGGGAGGGCUGGGUCUUAGGGAAAGGAAUGGGGAAUCAACAUUUUUAUGAGGUGUCAUUAUUUGCCUCUACUUUGUAUUGUUCAGAAAUGGCGAAUGCAAUAUAAGUGAUAAAUAUCUGGUUUUAAUGUAUUAAACUUUAAUCAGUUAUUUAGAUCUCU